UGUGCGCCACAUAAGUCACUGGGGGCGCAUGUGUUGAAUCAGCACCGGCGGCGAGUCCGUUUAACUAGUAGUUGAUUUAAAAUGACGGUGUUUCACGACGAGGUUGAAAUAGAAGAUUUUGAAUAUGAUGAAGAAACAGAAACAUAUUAUUUUCCUUGUCCAUGUGGUGACAGAUUUGCGAUAACGAAGGAGGAUCUUGAGAAUGGUGAAGAAGUGGCCACCUGUCCGAGUUGCUCACUUAUAGUAAAAGUAAUCUAUGAUAAGGAGAGGUUUAUGUGUGGAGAAGUAAUUGAAGCACCAAAAGCAUCAGAAAACAAACUGGAGCUGGCCCAGAGUUGAGACAGACAUCGACAUGAUUCUUUCACCUGAUCCUUUGCCCUGAUAAUAGACUUUAUGCACACAUCUGCCAUUUCACAGUUACUCACUACAUAUGCAGAUCUUUUGUGAGAAAAAUGAUCACAUGGACUUGAGACUUUUAGCACCAAGAUUUUGCACACAAUUUACUAUUCUGUUUAAGUUAUUUAUUCACUCUAAAAAAUGCUGGUUUGUU